AUAACUAGAAAACAAUUUUCAGAGUGUAAUUGCAAUGGGUUUUCGCAUAGAUGCUUCUUUGAUAAAGAGCUGUAUGAAAAGACUGGACAUGGUGGUCAUUGCCUAGACUGUGCUGGAAAUCGGGACGGACCAAACUGCGAAAAUUGUAAGGUAAACUAUUAUCAAAGAAAGAAUGAAGCUCAUUGUACAGCAUGUGAAUGUAAUGAAAUCGGUUCUUGGAAUCUGCAAUGCAAUUCUGAAGGUAAAUGUCAAUGUCGUCCUGGAGUUACUGGUGAUAAGUGUGAUCGAUGUGAAGAUAAUCAUUUUGAUUUUGGAAUUACUGGCUGCAAAGCUUGUGGCUGUAAUAUAGCUGGAAGCUUAGAUAAUCAACCAAGGUGUAAUGCUGACUCUGGACAUUGCAUUUGUAAAGAAAACGUCGAAGGCAUUCAAUGUAAUAGAUGCAAACCAAGUUAUUUUAAUUUAGAUGAAGACAAUGAAUUUGGAUGUACACCAUGUUUUUGCUACGGCCAUUCAUCAGUUUGCCAAUCUGCUCCGGGAUAUUCUAGAGUGUCAGUUGAAAGCGUAUUUGCUCGAAGUAAUGAACGCUGGAAUGGUUCAGAUGUAUAUGGAAGAUCUAUAUUGCCUAUACAUAGUCCGUAUAAGCAGUCACUAGAAAUUUCAUCUCCCUCUAGGGAACCCGUCUAUUUCUUAGCUCCAGAAAAAUUUCUUGGAGAUCAACGAUCAAGUUACAACCACGAUUUGACCUUUAAGCUAAGUAUAGGAGAAAAUAGUCCUGAACCUACAGUGAGUGAUAUCAUGAUAGAGUCUGGUUCUGGUCUACGAAUUACUCAAACCAUUUUUGGUCAAGGAAAUCCAUUGCCUUCAGAUACGCCAAAGGUAUUCAAGUUUCGUCUCCAUGAAAGUCCGGAUUAUGGAUGGCAACCAAGAUUAUCAACUCGUGAAUUUUUUAACGUAUUAUCAAAUCUAACAGCAAUAAAAAUUCGUGGAACAUAUACUGAAAGAGGCGUUGGAUUUCUGGAUGAUUUUUCAUUGCAAACUGCUCGUCGAGGUGCUCCAGGAUUACCAGCCCACUGGAUAGAAAUGUGUACUUGUCCCGAAGGCUACAUAGGGCAAUUCUGUGAAUCUUGUGCGCCCGGUUCACGUCAUGAACCUACAAGCGGUGGACCCUUUUCUCCAUGUGUUCCAUGUAAUUGUCAUGGUCAUGCUUCGAUUUGUGAUGCUGAUACAGGUCGAUGUAUUUGUCAACAUAAUACUGCAGGAGAAAAUUGUGAUCGAUGUGCAAAAGGAUAUUAUGGAAACGCCCUUCAAGGGACAGCUUUUGAUUGUAAACUAUGUCCAUGUCCCAAUCAAGGAAGCUGUGCUUUAAUCGGGGAAGAUACAGUAAUUUGUUUAGAAUGUCCAAAAGGAUACGGCGGUCCUAGAUGCGACAUUUGCAGUGAUGGAUAUUUUGGUGAUCCGACUGGAAAAAAUGGUCCAGUUAGUAUUUGUAAGCCAUGUGACUGUAACUCAAAUGUAGAUCCAAAUGCGAUUGGAAAUUGUAAUAGAACAACCGGAGAAUGUUUAAAAUGUAUUUUUAAUACUGGAGGAGCUCAAUGUGAUCAAUGUUUACCAGGCUAUUAUGGUGACGCUCUUGACCCAAUUAAAGGGGAUUGUAAACCAUGUGAUUGUUUUCCUCUUGGUACCAUUGAAACAGGAUUUGGACCUUAUGCAUGUGAUCAAUUAACUGGACAAUGUCAGUGUAAACCUCAUGUUGUAGGAGUUAAUUGUGAUCAAUGUGAAGUUGGAUAUUUUAAUAUAAUUAGCGGAGAGGGUUGUAAAUCAUGUGAAUGUGAUCCAAUUGGAUCAUUAAAUAAUACUUGUGAUACUUCCACUGGUCAAUGUGUUUGUAGCGCAGGAAUCACAGGCAAAAAAUGUGACGGAUGUGAGCCAUUCCAUUAUGGAUUCUCCACUGAAGGAUGUAAACCAUGCGCUUGUGAUUCUAUAGGUUCUGUUUCACUUCAAUGUGAUUCCAAUGGACAGUGUCCAUGUUUAGAAAAUGUCGAAGGUCGACGAUGCGAUCAAUGUAAAGAAAAUAAACAUGACCGACAAAGAGGAUGUCUAGACUGUCCUGCUUGUUAUAAUUUAGUUCAAGACGCUGUAGCUCUUCAUCGUGAAAACUUGAAAAAAUUAGAAAAAGUAUUGAAAGAUAUUAAUAAUAGUCCAACUGUUAUAAAUGAUGCAGAGUUUGAACAAAAACUUCAUGAAGUGCAAGCAUUAGUAAAUGACUUAGAAAAGAAUGCAAAGUUUUCAGCUGGAGGAAAUAUUUCAACGAGUGACAAGGUACAAUCACUUCAAGGCCAAAUAAAAGAAAUAGAAGAACUUAUGAUUCAAACUAAAAAUUGGACAGCUCUAGCAGAAAAUAAUGCAAUUCAAGCUGACAAAAAUCUUACAGAAGUUGAAAAAAUUAAUGAAGAUAUUACUAAUGUAUUGAAAAGAGCAUCGGAUUAUAUACAAACUGAAGGAGCGACAGCACUUUCUAAAGCAAUAAUGAAAAGUGAUGAGUUAGGACAACAAAGUGAUCAAAUGUCUGCAAUUGCUAGGGAAGCAAGAAAACUUGUACAAUCUAAAGAAGAAGAAGUUGAAAAAAUGAAAACUAUUGCGGAAAAAGCUAUAAAUGUUUCAACGGAAGCAUUUGAAAUUACUAAAGAUGCUGUCAAUCAACAAAAAAACAUUAGCGAUGAGUUAAAAACCCUUGAUGCGGAAUUAAAUUACGUAAAGGAUAGAUUAGAUGCAAUUGUAGAGCAAGCAAAUGAAACUCAUGAAUUAGUAUCAAUGAUAAAUAACGAUUCAUUGGCAAUAUAUCGUGAUAUUUAUGCCAUUAAUUUGCCAGAUAUAAAUGCUUCACUAAUGAAACAAAACGCUUCAAAUUUAAAUUUGGAGAUUCAACAUAUUGACCUAGAAAUUACUAAAUUAAAAGAAAGUAAUUCUAAUCUUUUAAUGGAAGUCGCCGCUGAAUUGUUAGAGUCAGAAGAAAAUUUGAAAAAAGGAGAAUUACAGUUAAAGCAGAGAGAAAAUCUAUUAAAACAAGCAAAUGCCUCUUACGAAAAAGCUACCCAAGCCCUAAAAUUAGGAACAAAAACGCUCGAGGAAGCUCAACAGACUUUAAGCACUCUUCAAGCUUUUGAUAAACAAAUACAAGAAAGUAAACAGAGUUCAACUGAAGCAUUAGGUCAAGUUCCAGACAUUAAAAAACUAAUUGAAGAGGCUAAUGAUAAAACUCUUCGUGCACAGGCAGCAUUAGAUGGAGCAGAAGCUAAUGCUAUUAUCGCCAGGAAUACAUCAUUAAUAGCACAAACAACUUACGCUGAACAAGCAUCCCAAGAAGCUGAAAAAAUAAAAAAAAUUGCAUUAGAGACUGCUAUAGAGGUUCACAGUUUAUUAGAUGAGAGUGAUGGUUUAUCAAAACGAGUAGGCCAUACAGGAGAGCGACUUAAAGAAGUAGAAGAACAAUUUGAAAAAGACCAACAAAAUAUUAAUGAUGCAAAGAAAAAAAUUGGUCAAGCAAAAACAUCAGCGUAUGAAGCUAAAAAAACGGUUGAUAAAGCUUUAGAAGAUGUCAGCGCAGUUCUUAAAGAGUUGUCUAAUCUUGAAGAUAUUGACAGUGAGAUGUUAAAUCAGCUUAGUUCUCGAUUAGAAACAGCAGAACAAGAAUUGGCUAAUGCUAAGUUAGACGAAAAACUUCAGAAUAUCAAUGCUGCGAGAAUAUCUCAGGCUCAGUUAAUUAAAAACUAUGAAAAUGAAAUUGAAUCACUGACUAAUGACGUCAAAAAUAUUGACUCUAUCAGAAAAGCACUUCCAGAAGGAUGUUGGAAAAGAACACAUUUGGAAGUCCGUUGAAAUAGUAUUUCUGAAAUUAAAUUACUACCCUAUUAAUAUUUUUAUAAACUAAAUCCCUAUUAGUCACUUAUUUGUGUUCAUAAUACUGUAUCACCUAGAUAUUUAUAAGCUUUUAUUUUUUAAUGUAAAUUAUUUAGUUUAGGUCUAAAUAAUUAUUGUAUUUACAAUAAAUUAUUGUCAUCAAUAAUUACUUAAAUCUGUAAAUGUAUAGUCAAUUUUUUCCGAUUAUUCUAAUACUUAUUAUUAUUGUGUAUACAUAAUUAAAUUAUUUAAUUUAAUUGUGGACUUAUUUAAAAGAAUUUUCUACGUUCUUUGACUAA